UCUAAGAAAGCAUUAGUCAUAUCGCAUUACCCUUUUCUCUGUUUAUUUGAAAAUAACCUCAACACACUUUUGGGUCUGAUCUGAAGGGCUGAGAUGGAGUCUUGCUGUGAUGAAAGUGCAUAUUAUAAGCAAGUGAUAGCUGCUGAUAAGGACCACAUAAGGAGCUGCAAGAAAAUGGAAGGAGAUGAGAGUCUGAAUACUGUGGGGUGCCUCAGAGGGAGACUGUUGGCAGAGAGACAAGCUUCAAGGGUAGCCAAGGAGGAAGCAGAAUCGAUGGGCAACAAGUUGGUUGAGUUGGAAAAAUUGCUCAGAAAAGAGACCAAAUUAAGAGAUAAAGCUGAAAGAAAGCUUAAAUUUUUAAAGGAGAAGCUUGAAUCUUUCAACAUAUCCUCCAAGAUAGGGCAAUUGGAGCAUUCUGAUUCGUCAGAGAAAUGUGAAAAUUCUUGUGGGUCAUCUUCAAUUAGUUCAGCUUCCAAACAUUCAGAAGCAAAUGAAGCAAUACAUCAUGUAAAGGAUCCAGCUUUGCCACAAAAUGUAGUUCACAAUCACAAUGUUUUAGAAGCCUCAACACUCAUUCAGACCCAGAAUAGUCCAUCCACUACCAAAGAUUGUGAUUCUCAGAAUACUGAUAAUUUCAGUUGUAUUUCAGACCCGGGUUAUUCAUCUCCACAAAUUCUGAGUGAGGAUCCGAAUACAGGCUUUGGGAAUUUGAAGAAUGAUGAAAGCAGGCUUUUCAGCUUAAGCCCAAGAUCAUCAGUGACAGAAAAUGAGAGUGAUCAUGCAGAUUUCUGUGACAAUUCUCUGGCAAUAGUUCCCGUGAAUGUGACAGCAACAUCACAUGCCACCAGUAAUCCCAAACCAGUGAGUUUGAGUGUCCUUGAAGCUCUAGAUGCAUUGAGGCGUGCAAGAGAAAGUCUUCAAAGUUCAAUGGGAACAAGGCAAAUGAUUCACGUUGGCCCAAUUUAA